AGGACAUAUAGAGAAAAUCGACCACGCAACCCCUUUCUGCGCUGACAACAGGCCAUAUGCCCACAAGUUCCAAUGCGUUUGCGCCUGUGUUUGUGGAGGAUGAGUGGGCCAUCUCGCCGGAGCUGGCAACUCGAUUUGGGAGAUGAAGACAACAGCUUGAGAGCCCACAAUUCCUAGAGCCACGCCAUCACCUUAGCCUCCGAUAUGAAUCAGACUGCAUUGCAUCGGAGAACCAGCAGUGGUUCCACGGUCCGAGCCACUGGGGGAUCUCAGACAGGCUUGCCUCCUGGUGCCCAGAAUAGCUCAGAUACCGUCUCAGUUCGCGCAUCGCUUUGGGUACAUGACGACGCAUUCUCAUCCGAACACGUUCUCAUCAAUGAAGCCAUCCUAGCAGGCUCGGAUAUACAGGAAGGCGGCUUGAUCAAGAUCUUUCCAGCUACCGAGGCUUCAGACGUCCGAGACUUUCAGUCGCCCAACAGUGAACAGACUGACUCCAGGCGCAACACGGGCUCUUUGAUUGAGACUGGUGAUAUAUCUGGCAGGGAUGAUUACUACCUCUGUAUUGCCAAGUUCGCGUCCUCUGAGUUCAAGGCAAAGCAGGCCAACCUGCAAGUCUCGAUCAAGAGUAACAUCGCGACAGCGUUCGGAUUUAGACCGCGCUCGCAUGUCUACAUAUUUCCUGCUUCCUUCGAGGAAUCAACGGCAUCCCAUGUGGAAUUCAGCUUCAGGGAUACAUACCUCGCAAGGUCGGACAUGUGGCGGCUCGUUGGGCAAGAGCUGGCCGAGACGACAGUUUACGUUGGGCAGAAGAUCACGUACUUGGGGAGCAUCAAGCUCACAGUCAAGUCCAUCCAUGUUCGAAAUCACAAGGCGCCUACUGCUUUUUUUGCCGGGACCACGAUCCCAGUCUUCCGCAGCGAAGCGGCGCGGUACGUGCUCUUUAUACAGAUGUCCAGCGAAAUGUGGGAUUUCGAUUCCGAGGGCAAUGGUGAGAUCAUGUUCAAUCGAGUCAUUAAUGGUUUCCUUCCCGAACUUUUCAAAAGAUGGACCGAUCUGGAUGUUCGGCACCUUGUCAGCAUCGUUCUUUUUGGGCGCCUGGAGUAUGACCGCUUUGAACUCGCGCGGAACAAAGAUAGAAGACUAGAAACGGCUCCAAUGUCAGGAUCGCCCAACAUGACGGCUCGCCAAUACCAGGACUUCUACAGGGUGGUCGUCACAGAUAUGGCCAGUGCGCAAUGGACAACAAUUUUGGAUGAGCUUAAAAAGGACUUUCGUGUCUUUUUGAGGGAUAUCUCCCUACACACUUCGAGCACCAAGGAAAUAAUAUCAGAAGACACCAAGGAGCCGCCGACGCGCAUUGCUGGCAGGCCGAGCGCUGCACUCAAGGGAAAUAUACUGGAAGCUAUUAAUAUUGCCAGCACUCAGUUCGCUCAUGACUUCGAGGAUCGAGACCUGAUUCGAACUGGUGUCUCGAUCGUGGUCGUCACAGCUGGGACUGGCGUUUUCGAAGUCAACCGGGAUUUGUUGAACCUAACGUCGCAGAAUUUGACGAACAAUGGUGUGGGAAUUGACAUAGUUUGUCUGUCCAGGAUGCCAUUGCACUCCGUACCUCUGUUCAAAUACCGGACUUCUGGAGUUGAGGAAUCGUCUCUGUCUUCGGUGGUUGAGGAAUUCACUGCCCCUGAGCACAGGUACGGAUCUGGGCCAAGCUUUUUCGAUUCGAGCCAGCCUCGCAAGCUCUCCCCGGCACUUUCAUCUGCAGCGACGAAUAGCACGCAGUACUUUGCGAGCUUUAUCUCAGGGCGGAGUCACGAGACUUCUCAGGGGUGGAGUUACGGCAUCCCGCAGUGGGUUGACCUGUCAUACUGGUCUGCCGAGGGCGAGCCAGCGGAGAUGAGACUUCUCGAGGAUGGACCGAAAGAUGCGGAUGGCACCUCGAAACGCAAGAAGGGACCUUUCUUGCCUCGAGUGAGGAUGUACGAGAUACAAAUGAUGGGACUCAUGGAGCUUGGCAUGGCAGAUAUGAUCAUCCCGUUCAUGACCGAAACUCAAGCACCACUCACAGGUUCGCACAAACGCACGGGCUCGAAACGCAGACGAGCAACCGGAAGCAGGAGUCUGUCACAUUCGCCGACGCUAUCACGCAAGAGCCGUCUCGGCCCAGAACCAACACGAAUAGCUCAGGGGUUGCUAUCGAUAAAUGCCAAAGCGUUGGGAGAUAUAUUCGACCGUAUGGACGCAUAUGACUCGCUCUUGUUUGAAGUACAUUCAACCGCAGAGACCAAAUCCAAAGCCACGAAGACAACAAGUAGUAGUUUGGUAAGGACUGAUACAGCCUCCUCAACCCAGCCAAGUAAGGUUCAACCAGAAAAUGAAGCACCAAAAUCGGGAUCCGGAUUGACCAAGGUGCUCACCAACAAGUCUCUGAAUUCGCCUUUCCGGCCACAGCUCCCGUCUCUGGUUUCGGCCGAUGCUUCAAGCUCCCUGUUAAUAACCAAGAAACCACGGGAAGCAUCAAAGGUCAACCGGACGCUUAACUAUUCUUUGAGAGGGCUGGCUCCACCCAUUCGUGCUGUUGCUAGCACCGAAGUGAACAUUACCAAUGUCGAGGCGCACUCGCCAUUCGGUAACCUUGGCCACUCGCGACCCACGGUGUCAACGUCAGCCGCGAGCAUACGCUCGGUGUCCACGAACAGUGUGCUCGGUGAGAAGCAUAAAGAGAACUCUGCUUCCGUGGAGAGGUCAAAUUCUCGAUUAUCCGGUCGACUAGAGGACACUCCAUCAAAACCAAUCUCAAUAAAUACCCCGUUGCGGAAGGUUCAAGAUGAUAUUCUUGCUGGAUCUCAAAGAUCGAGCUCCACAACCCGGCGGGUUCAAGGCCAUAUGUCUGCUUCAAAGGAUGAACUCGAAUACAACAAAGUGGCAGACAGCGAGUCGUCACACUCUUCAGGUAGCGACGGGGCAGACGACUCGGACAGCGUGGAGCCGGGUGAGAGCCAGUUGGGCAUGUCGGUCGCCAGCUCUGUCCCCAGAAGUACUCUCCCAUAUGUGCGCAAUGUCAACGCAUCAAAUCCUUUGAAGCGACAUCCUGAAAGAGAGUCGUUCUUUGGCAGGUGGCAACAUCUAUAUCCUCGGAAACCACGUGCCGCUACCGUGAAAUGGAAGUCUCUGUGCACUCCUGCGUCGGUUCCUCUAACGACGGAGGAUUUCCCAACGAAGGAUGAGCUUGAGAUGGACUAUGACUCCGAAGACUACCACGUCAUAUUGGCCAAUCCUAACGAGAUGCUCGAAGAAACCGAGUCGCGCGACAUACUCCUUGGCGAGAUGUUGGCCCUGAGGUUUGCACAUGGCUACCAACUCGUAGUCGGUCCAUCAUUGCUCGAAGCUGUUGGGCCCGGUACCUGCGACACGUCUUCGUUCUUCACGCCGAAUCUUGUGCGCCCUGAUGGAUCCUUCAUUGUCAUGUCGAUGGGAAACACGAUACAGAAGCUGUCCCUUCAGGUGAAAAAUCGGAUCCAGGUGACCAGGUAUAUCCGGAGAUCACCAAGUGUCCAGCCUCCUUAUCCCCAGGAGAUCCACUACUAUCCCAACAUCAGGACCAUUCUCUCAGAAGCAUACAAGAUUCGAGAUAUGCGGUUCAACGGGUUUUCUGAGCAGUACCCAUGGGAAGCGGCUGACAGGUACCUGGCUGACUUCAGGAAGCAAAAUGAUAUAGAUGUCACAUCUCUUCGAUUCUGGCGGGCAAGGUUUGUCCUCAUCCCAGUGGCGCCACCGGUCAAUUCCUGGAGGCCAACGUUGUCCGAAGCUGAAGAAAGCGAAGAAGAGAUCCAUUUGCGCGGUAUUCGGGCAUUGACGCAAAUGUGGCAAAAAGCACGAUAUGUGCCGCCAGACGAGAGAAGACCAGCUCACACCCGGCCCAGCACCAUGAAAGGGAAGGACAGAAAUCCAUUGAGAAUCAAUCUCGAAACUCUCAAUCCAUCCGAGUUGGUAGCGACGGAGCUUGAUAAGCUUAUCGCGGCUGAAGAGGCUGGCGAAGUACAAACCACACAGCUCCUGCCCGAAGCCGAGCAGUUCGAAAGGGACUCCUUCAGUCUCCCGAAGCUAGCCCAAGCCUUGCAAGGCGAAAACGGGAUCGAGAUCAAGACUCGGCGCUGGCACUUGCGCCUCUACUACAGUUGCUUCAUGGGCGAGGAUCUGACAAACUGGCUGGUGCACAAUUUCAGGGACAUCGAUACUCGGGAGGAGGCCGUUGAGUUGGGCAAUGACCUCAUGAAGGAGAAUCUCUUCGAACACGUCAACAGCAAGCACAAUUUCAAGGACGGGAACUAUUUCUAUUCCAUCAAGCCCGAGUUUCGCACCCAACGAGCAGAAGUGAGGCAGUCAUGGUUUCCCGCGAGCCGACGCUCGGAUCGAUCGAUUCCGCCCACCCCUGCGACCGAGCAUCCCACUCGAGAGUUGAUCACUGGUAGGUCACGCUCAGGCUCAAACCUUGCCAACCACGCGCAAGUAGCUUCUGAACUGGCGAAAACGCUGGGAGACAAGAAAAGACGAACUGUGACGUUGAGCAAGAUGAUCCGAAUCGAUGUCGAUACGAGGCGGCGGUCCAACAGACCCGAAAUCGUCAACCUGCAUUACGACAGACUCCACAACCCGGAGAACUGCUAUCAUCUCGAAUUAGCCUGGUUCAACGUCACCUCGAAAUUGGUCGACGACGCUAUUGUCAGCUGGACCACGCAAGCCGAGAAGUACGGAUUGAAGCUUGUCGAAGUUCCCAUUGCAGAAGCCUUCAAGGUCCCAGAGCACGAGCCAUUUCGUGCUGCCUACCACAUCAAGCUUGCUCUCGAGCCUCCCCGCCGCAACUCGAUCAGUACCAUGUACUUUACGGCGGUGUCCUUUGGACCGCAAGCGCCCCUCAAUCCUGAUAUUCACUUCUACCAAAAGGCACUACUGAAGCGGUUCAAUUUCGUCCUCGAUCUCGAAGCACCCUCAGAGUUUCCGGAAAACGUUGAGAUCAAGUAUUCCUGGGGGGAUCUCGACUAUCGCUACACGCAAUUCGUCCACCGCUCAGGAGUCGUCCUCGCCCAGAUCACCGAUGAAGGCAACAUCCUCCUCCUCGCAAACAGGCUCUAUAACUCCCGUCAGGCGUCUGCGAAAGACACGUCUUCCAAAUUCGACGCCAGCAAGAAGGAUCUUACACCCAAUGCCUCGAGCUCCAUGCUCCUGCGUCCACAAACAUUAUCCUCGACCCAUUCUGCGCCGAGCAUGCAAGCCUCAGGAAUCAUUGGAUUGAAUGUCCAAUCUCCCCACGCCGGACCCUACGCAUCACCACUCGUUCGACCCUUGGCAUCGACUCCCGUCCCUCCUCCUCCUCUUUCUCUGGCAGGGACAGAGACCACAACAUCCAACACCACCACCUCAAUUUCCGGCGCGUUGCCCCCUCCACCUACGACGCCCAAGGUCACGGCCGAUGUCCUCGGCACCCGCCGGGCGCUCAUUGCGUCGGGGUUCACGCACUACGUCACUCCCGAACAGAUCAAGGACGACCUCGAGGCCUUUUGCGGCGACAAGGCGUGCUUGGAUCUAUUUUACAGAGAAGUCACCGCGACGCUGCCGGCCCAGCAUGCCGCGCUGAGAGAACGCGAGCGCGACCGAGAGCAUGAGAGAUACGUUGGAGGCGGAGCAUCAGUGGGACGGGAUAGGGGGUACCGAACCGCAGGGACGGGUUCGAGCUUGCUCAGGCCGAUCAGGGAGCCCGAGGCGGAGACGGGCAUUCCGGAAUUCAGAUUACCGGACCCGUUGAACAUUGGCUUGAAGAAGAGGGACGCAUCGGGAUCUGGAUCUGGAUCUGGGUCUGGAACAGCGACUGACUCCGGCCCCGGUUCUGGCUCCGGAUCGGGUGGCGCCAGUGGGACGACGAACCCUUGAUCUGACAUCUUGUCGCGAUUGUUGUGUUUGUACCACACAACCGUCGAAUCGAGGACGAAUGACCGUGUUUGAACACGCUGUUGUGACGGACCAUGCCACUUAUGCCAGACUACCUCAGGGGAAAGCCAGGCUAUGUUUACAUUUUCACGAUGGAGGUGGAGGGUUCAAACGUGAUCCAUGUUGAGGUCGAUGAUGGUAUGACGCUCGGACACGUUAAGGACGGACGGAUGGAUGGAUGGAUGGAUGGAU